ACUCGCGUAAAGAAGCGACAAAUCUUUGGGAGCGAAGUUUUCCAUCCAGGACCUUGCCCUGUCUUCAAAUGGCAGUGCUAUCUUUUACGCCGAACAGUGUCAAACGAUGGAUGCUGUCGGUAGCCAGGUUGUCUCCACAGUGAAGAGGGCAGAACUGCUACCCAAUGGAAAGUAUAAGAUUGUCAAUUUCACUCCGUCUUGGGACUGGGUCAUCAAUGGUGUUCUCAUCCUUGAUGCGAACUACUUGAUUGUUGCAGUUGGCGAUUGUGUGAACACCGGAUUUCAGUCGGUAGAUGUAAGUACCGGAAAGGCUGCGGUUUUGACCCCCAUGGACUGUCCAUUGCGAAUCGCCAAACAUCCGUUACGCCCGUAUGUCUUCGUUUCCGCAGAUACGCGCAUCUAUGGCAUGUCCAUCAAUCCUCCAUCCCCACUGACCACAAUACCGUCGGUGUCGACCACGAGAAACCUUGCAGGUCCAGUCUGCGCAGCUCAUAACUCUAGCUAUAUUGGGUACUGCGUUGGCGAAGAACCUGUGAACACACUCACAGAUAGUCUUGAUCCAUCUCGAGUCCGUUUCGACUGGCCACUCAUAGGAGCACGAGCAUUUUCGUCUGAUGGCAGGAGCUUGUAUGUGGCUGACAUGUAUAAUAACAUGAUAAGACGGGUGAACACCGUUACGGGGGCCACAGAAACCAUAGCGAGCAAUGCUGACGCAGUGGAAGGCGAUGGUAGUCCGUCAUUUGCAGGCUUCAAUGAACCAUGUGUUGUGGCCAUAACCCAUGAUGGAUGCAACCUCUUUGUGGCUGAAAGAAAAGGAGGAGCCAUCCGAUGGCUGACAUUCCAACAACCUCAUGGCAUUGUACUUGCUGUCAAAACUGUCGCACUCGUUCGCAAGUCGAAUGAUUCGCUUGGAUCCUUUAGGUCUCUCAUCCUUUCCGAGGAUGACGACUGCCUCUAUGGGGGCACUGAUGACGGCCAGAUUUUCAAGAUUGGAGUGAACCAUUCCUCUCUCCACCAGUGCGGCGUGUCGCCACCUUCAGCAUCUGCCUAUGCCAGCUGGCCAUUGAUGCCUGCGUCUAGCAUGCCGUCCAGUGAUGGGUUGGUUCCUAAUACUACCGAGCUGAUGUCGACAUCUCCCUCAAGCAUAUCACCCGCCACUGUUUCCUCUUCAAGCGAACUCUUAGCGUCUUCAUCUAGCUUGUCAUUGUUCCCUUCGUCUACCAGCCCACCUUUAGAACUAGAUUCUAGCUCCAUACAGGUAUCGUCUCCAAGCUCCUCUUCUUCAUCAGCAUCUUUGUCCAGCCUACCUUUGGGGUCAGCUUUCAGGCAUUCCGAUGGUCUUUCGGACUCAUCUGGCGUCUCUUUGGCUGACAACUUCCUUUUGGGGUCAUCACCCUCUGCGCCACUGGGUGCGAGCCAUGAGAAUGGAAGUCCUGGCAAGACAUCAGCACUGGUUGUUGGUUUGGCUGUGGGGCUAGCAGCAGCAGUUGCGGUAUCAUUUCUGGCAAGCUGCAUUGUCGUGUAUGUGUUGAAGCAGCGUCGCUGGUCGAAUCAUGGUAGCAAUAAGCAAGUACCAACUAGUCCAAGUGAAAGGGAGAGCGAUAGCAACACUUCUAGAUCUUCUUCGACUUCCGCAAACAUUUCAAAGAGUGGUAUGAAGAAGUUCAUGCUCGCAGAAAUACUGAAAGCGAUGCAAGAGGGGCAUUGCUUGACUGGAAAGGGUGGAGGAUUCGGCGACAUUUAUAGAGGCUCGAUGAAGAUGGCAAGUGGAAAUGCCACCGUAGCCAUCAAGGUAAUGAGAGGAACAUGUGACGAGAUCAAGCAUAAGCAGUUCAUGGCCGAGCUCAACACUAUUGCUGAUGACCAGGGGAAGACUUCAACGAUUGAGGAGACCAUACCCACGCUCACACGUUCUGGUACUCCAGGCUAUGUGGCUCCAGAGUACGCUAACAGGGCGAGGCUAACAAUGAAGAACGAUGUGUUUUCAUUUGGGGUCAUGCUCAUGGAGCUGAUUACAGGUCGAAAGACCAUAACAGGGAUGAUGAGGCAUGACACGCACGAUCACCAAGUGAUGCUUUACACUUGGGCAAGGAAAUGGCUGUCUCAUGACAGUCUGACUGUCGAGCAGCUGGGAGAGAUCAUGGAUCGGAAGUUAGUGCCUUUGGUGAGAGCUGAGGAGAGGGAGAUGAUUCAGAGGGUUGGAAAGCUCGCCUGCCAGUGCACGGAUGAUCUUCCAUCCAAUAGGCCUCUCAUGCAAGAAGUAGUACAGCAGCUAUUGAUGAUCGAGCAAGAUCGCAACUCCACCUUGCACGAUGAAGGAGGAGGAAGAGGAAGAAGAAGAGGAAGAGGAGGUGGCAGAGAACGCGAGAAGGAGGACGCUGAUGAGGGGGCCGCGGAGAUGGAGGAGGAAGAGGAGGAGGAGGAGGAGGAGGAGGAGGAGGAGGUGGACAAGGAAGAGGAGGAGGAGAAGGAGGACGAAGAAAAGGAGGAGGAGAAGGAGGACGAAGAAAAGGACGAGGAGGAAGAGAAGGAAGAGAACGAGGAGGAGAAGGAGGAGGAGGAAAAGGAAAAGGAGGAAAUGGCAGAAAAGGAGGCGGAGGAGGAAGAGGAGGGGCACGGCGAGGAGAAAGGAGAAGCAUGAGGAGGAGGAAGAGGGAAGGACGGAGACUCAUCUGGCGCGGGCCGGCGAUGGCACGUGGGUUGCUGGCAUCGACCUCGGAGUUCGGCAAUGGCAAC